AUGCGUCUGUCCUUCAUCAUCGUUGCCGUCUCCCUUCUUGCAGGCGGUAGCGGAGCAGCUGGGGCCGCCUACCCUGCGUCGGAUGUCUUGACAUCGCGAGGUACAAACGAAGGCGCAAGAACCGGCAAGAGAUCGUUGCGCUACGACAGUAAUGUGGAGCGCACUGGCGAGGAGGACGAUGAAAUAAAGUUCCUCCCAGAUGCGGAGAAACUUGCUCAGCUCGCGAAACUAGCCCAUACGAACAAGGCUGAUUCUCUUGGGACAUCACUGAAGAAUUUUUUAAGCAACUAG